AUGGCUUCGACGAAAGCCCAUUUCGGGCCGUCUCUGGACUACAUAUCGAACCACCGAUCUCAAAACCCCUCGUCUCGCACGAUCCUCGUUACGGGUGCCACAGCCGGGAUCGGCUUAGCCAUCGCCAACCAUCUCCUCUCCUCGCCGGCGCAUCACUUAGUCAUCCUGACGGGACGGAAAGCCGAUGUCCUCGACGACCUGCGCUCCCGAAAUCCAGACAGAGUGCUGUGCAAACCGGGGGAUAUGAGCGAUCUGGACUACGUCGGGUCGAUCCUACGGGACGUCGAGCUGGAUGGCCGUCUGGACGGGCUGGUCCUCAACCAUGGCACGUUGGGCGCGUGUUUGCGGAUCGCGGAUAUGGAGGUGGAGGAUUGGGAGAGGACGUUUAGGAUCAAUGUGUCGAGUUGUGUGGCUUUGGUCCAGUCGGCUCUGCCUCUUCUUCGUACCGCGCAAGGUCGGAUCGUCUUCACUUCGUCCGGGGCCGCCUCGAACGCCUAUUCAUCCUGGGGAGCGUACGGGGCGUCCAAAGCAGCAAUCAACCAUCUGGCCAUGACGCUCAAGAACGAGGAGCCCCAAGUCACCUCCAUCUCCAUCCGGCCUGGGGUGGUUGACACCGCCAUGCAAGUCGACAUUCGCGAAAAAUAUCUCAAGAACAUGGACGAGAAGGACCAGGCCAAGUUCAUCAGCGCGAAAAAGGACGGCAAGUUGCUGCCGCCGGAGAAGCCGGGCCACGUCAUUGCAGAGUUGGCGGUCAGAGCUGAUAAAGACCUCUCAGGCAUGUUCCUCAGUUGGGACGAUGCGAAGUUGGCGCAAUACCAAUCGUGA